CUCUCUCUCUCUCUCUCUCUCUCUCUAUCAGACAUGGCGUGCUCGCUGUCCGGUUGCAGCACAAACUCAACAAUGUUUUUCCCAGCACGGCGGUCACAACGCGGCUCGUGGACGCGCUGUCUGUUCCUGGCGGUGUGUUUGACGUCGCUGCCGGUCUCCGCCAAACGUGACAGCCUGAGAGAAGUGACGGACGGGACGUGGGAGGAGAUCCUGACCGGGGAAUGGAUGAUCGAAUUCUAUGCGCCCUGGUGUCCGGCGUGUCAGCAGCUCCAGGCGGCGUGGAAGGAGUUUGCGGACUGGGAGGACAUGGGGGUCAACAUCGCCAAGGUGGACGUGACGGAGCAACCCGGUCUGAGCGGGCGAUUCAUCAUUACUUCACUUCCUACUAUCUACCACUGUAAGGAUGGCGUCUUCAGGAAGUACCAGGGCGCUCGCACCAAAGAAGACUUCCUCAGCUUUGUGGAUGAGCAGAAAUGGAAAGCGGUCGAGCCGAUUUCCUCUUGGUUCGGGCCAUCUUCGAUUCUAAUGAAUUCAAUGUCUGCUCUGUUCAAGCUCUCCAUGUUUAUCCGGCGUUGUCAUAACUACAUGACAGAUCAGCUGGGGAUUCCUGUUUGGGGGUCGUACGUUAUCUUUGGCUUGGCCACUCUGUUCUCUGGCCUUGCAUUGGGACUGUUACUGGUGUUCAUAGCAGAUUUUGCCUUCCCCUCUCGACGCUUCUCCUCUUCAGAUUACUACCAGAAGAAACAGACCAUGGAGCAGGCGAGGUUAAUCCAGCGACAGGAGGACGAGCAUGAGGCUGACGGCGAGGAAGACGACGAUGACGACGAGGAAGAAGACGACCAGGAUGACGUCUGGAGGCGGAGGAGGAGAGGGUCCCCAGAGGGCCGCCCAGAACCAAAGGGACAGGGUUUUGACGAAGCUCUGAGGAAGAGGGUGGUGGGCAACCACGAUGAGGAGGAAGACACCUAGAGAGUCACAUGGUUGCUACUCGUUUGAGAAAGAGCGUCAUGGAGUCGGCAGAGUGCGAGGAGCCUCGGUCCCGAGCAGCAGCAGCAGCAGCAGCAGCAGCAGCAGCAGCAGCAGUGUUUACAGCAGGGAGCCUUUAAACCCCCUCCUCCUCCUCACCUCCCCUUCUCCUCCUCCUCUGGGCCCCCAGAAACACCUCGCUUCUUUUCUUCUCCCUCCCUUGUUUUUUAACAGGAGCGCUUUAGACUCUCUCUCUCUCCGCCUGAGCAGCAAGCUCCACCUGGAAAAAGCAAAAAAAAAAAAACACUCCUGACACCUGUUCUCCAAUUGUGGCGUCAAAGCGCCCGGCUGAGGUUUUAGGUAUGAAGUGCAGUAGAGCUGGAUUUUGCAAUGUUGUUUAUGCUAUGCAUCAUUUUUUUUUUAAUAUAUGCGUGUUUAUUAUAUGUUUAUCUCAGAAUUAUUAUACCAGGCUUGUGUUUGAGGUUUAUUUUGUUGAAUUUUAUUACUUCUCAGCUAAUGUAUACAUGUUAUUUUAUGUUUCAUAUAUAUUUUACAAACCCUGAUAGUUCAACCCAACGUACCAAUGUUCACACAUUCCUCAUUUCGGGAUGUAAAGUGAAGCGUGAAACAGAAAUGUCUCCCAAGUGUUAAUUAUCAUCCUUAAAUUUCCGUUCCUGGUCAAAUUGGCGACACCCGUGGUAACCGUGGCAACAGACAGCUCACAACUUGUUUAAUUACUACCUAUAUGUUCUUAAAAUAUACUAAAACUAAUCCGGAAGGGAAACAAUAGCUACUGGCUAUUCUUGAACAAAAGCUGUCAGUGCUGACCUCAACACAUUGCGUCUCCUCUGACUCCUUCACAAUAAAGCCACCCUGAGUUUCUCCACUUGAAUGCUUUUAAUGUGAAGUCACAGCAGUAGGACAUGCAUUGGUGCUAAAGCAGCAACUGAAAACAGCUCCGAUGUAGGAGAACAAACAAUGAAGGCAAUUUACAUCCAGCGCUGUAAAUGCCGACUCAAAUAUACACAAAUAAUAAAUACUACCACACUGAAAAGUCAUUGCUGAAUCUAAAUGCAUUAAAUGGCAAUUGCAGAAAAAAUGCAGACAAUGAAAGAUAUUAAAAACGGUUUAAUUUAGUGAGAAAUUAAAGGACUGUACCUUUUAAAUCUCAACCCUGUGAUUUUCCAGGUACAGGUACGUUAUGGGGCAGGAACCUUCCACAUGGCGUUUUAUGCUGUACUCAGCAAUCACACCAAAACGUUUAUUUUUAACGGAGCAGCACACUUGCCAGUUUGUAGAAACUCUAGAUAGAUGCUGAUGUUAAAAAAAAGGAACCA